AUGGUCCCGGACAUGGAGACUACAAGUUUCGAAUAUUCUACAAAGAAUAUUCCAUUACCAUCAGAAGAUGACUACCGAGCGAAGCUUAUCGAACUAACCGAACAAUUAUGUCGUCGGAUGCGAUGGAGAGCACUUUUUUACCUCAAUCCUGAGAAAUGUAAUAGUGGCACUAAAGAUACCUUUGGAUUUAACUCAAACCGAACACCUCCCCCAAUCGCUGAAAUGGCUAAAUUUGAGAAAAGAAUGACCAACAUGAUUGCAAAUGUAAAAUUCAAGAAAGUCAACUGCCCAUUCCAAAGUAAAAUAUCCUCGGAUAUAAGAAACAUCAGGACUUCUGACAAAUUAUUCGUACCAGCUGACAAAACUACAAAUUACUACAAAAUGGACUCUCCUUCUUACAACAAGCUUCUUGAAAAAAAUAUAACAAAAACAUACAAAAAAAUCACACCCGACACUGUAUCUUCAAUCAACAACGAGGCUAAAGAUAUUGCGACGAAAUUAGAUCUUGCUGACAGGAUUAAUAUUACAGCCGAGCGUGAAGCGUUUAUCACCUUAAAAGAUCAUAAACCUAACUUCAAAAAUAAUCUUACCUGUCGCCUUAUUAACCCAGCUAAAUCAGAAAUUGGCAAAGUAAGCAAACAACUCCUUGAUCGAAUCAACCAAAAAGUAAUUGCACGUAUUGGAGUCAACCAGUGGAAAAACACCACAUCUGUGUUAACAUGGUUCAAUAACAUUCCGAACAAAGAUCAAUAUUCAUUCAUUGCUUUUGAUGUGGUUGACUUCUACCCAUCUAUUUCAAUCGACCUUCUCAACGCAGCGCUAGAUUUCGCCUCAAAUUAUGAUGACAUCACGGAUGAUGAAAGAAAUAUUAUUCUGCAUGCAAAGAAAUCAUGCCUAUAUAAUUCUAGAGAACACUGGGGCAAGAAAACAUCUUCAAACCUGUUUGACGUAACUAUGGGUAGUUAUGACGGGGCAGAAUCGUGCGAGCUGGUCGGAUCCUUUUUGUUACAUCAGAUCACCCAAAAACACGGUGAGAAUUUCGGCCUCUAUCGAGAUGACGGGCUUGGUGUUAUAAAAGCAACCCCCCGUAAAAUUAAAAUUAUCAAGAAAGAUAUCUGUUCCAUCUUCAACAAUUAUGACUUAAAAAUUACCAUCGAAGCCAACAAGAAAAUAGUAGAUUUUUUAGACGUCACCCUAAAUCUGUCUACCCAAAAGUACCAGCCGUUUACUAAACCCAAUAAUAUGCCAUUCUACGUCCACAACAAAUCAAACCAUCCACCCAAAAUACUAGACAACAUACCAGCCGCGAUCAACAAACGCCUUUCCGAAAUUUCAUCUGACGAGGACUCGUUUCAGCGUGCAGUGCCAUUGUACCAAGAAGCCCUAACAAAGAGCGGUUAUCAACAUAAAUUGAAAUACCAACAACCUCCGACAUCCCAAAAUACCAUCAACUCAAGGAGUCGAAAUAUAACCUGGUACAACCCACCGUUCAGCAAAAAUGUCGCCACUAAUAUUGGUCAGACCUUUUUAAAGAUUUUAGACGAGGAAUUUCCCGCAGACCAUAUCUUACACAAGAUAUUCAAUAGAAAUACCGUCAAGAUUAGCUACAGCUGCAUGAGCAAUUUUAAACAAAACAUCGACGGACAUAACAAAUCCAAGCUAUCCCACCGAGCUAUUAAAACCCCCGAUGAAAAAAAGUGCAAUUGCCAAAAAUCAAGUGAAUGCCCUAUGUCAAAAAAUUGUCUAGCAAAAUCUGUUAUCUACCAAGCCACAGUAAAAACAUCUGACAUGCGGCCCACUCAAACAUAUGUUGGACUAACAGAAAAUGAAUUCAAAACCCGAUACACCAAUCACAAAGCUUCAUUUAAUAACUAUGAGAAGCGCAACUCUACUGAAUUAAGUAAAUACAUCUGGAAUCUUAAGAACAACAACAUUAGUUACCCUAUCAGAUGGAAAAUUUUAAAACGUGCUAAAUCUUACAGUAAUGCAUCCAAGAGAUGUAACUUGUGUAUUUGGGAGAAGUAUUUUAUUAUUUGUAAACCGGACAUUGCAACACUUAAUCGUCGCAACGAACUUGUCUCCACGUGUAGACACGCUAAUAAAUAUCUACUUAAAAACUUUAUAACUUGAUACUAAUAUUUCGUGACACUGCUUAAGGUGUUAAUUGAUCUGUAAUUAGAUAAGCAUCCUUUACCAUCUGUACACAUCUAAAAAGUUCGUUAGAAGCUAGAGGUCAAACAUAGGCUAUUUUAUCUGAAGAGUGCCACGUUAUUUACGUGGUACGAAACUGUAUAGUAAUAAAUAUGCCAAACAAAGCUUGCUAAGUUUUUGUGUCUUUCUAUUAUGCUCUUGUUAUCCAUUGAGCACUCUAUCAUUGGUUUUUAUAACCUAACACAGACUAUUAUAUAUAUAUAUAUAUAUAUAUAUAUAUAUAUAUAUAUAUAUAUAUAUAUAUAUAUAUAUAUAUAUAUAUAUAUAUAUAUAUAUAUAUAUGUAUAUACAUAUAUAUAUAUAUAUAUAUAUAUAUAUAUAUAUAUAUAUAUAUAUAUAUAUAUAUAUAUAUAUAUAUAUAUAUAUAUAUAUAUAUAUAUAUAUAUAUAUAUAUUGUUUGAACAAUAUGGCGACAAGGAGAUGAGUUGCGUUGAGACAUAUUGUUGGAUAAUUGAAACAUAACAGGUAACAUUUCAUGAGGCGUCACCUUAAAUAAGCGUACGAAUGUGUGUGUGUAUUGCUUCCUUUAAGUGCCCAUCCAGGGUCACAAGGCCUGGACAUUUGCUUGGGUAAAUGAGCUCACGAGUGGAGGAAUGCUAUCGUAUGUUAAUCUUUGUUUUUAAUUUUGCAUAUAUCUAGAAAAGGGUACGUAUGUGAUAUUGCUCUCGGAGAACUCCAUCCUUUAUAUAUAUAUAUAUAUAUAUAUAUAUAUAUAUAUAUAUAUAUAUAUAUAUAUAUAUAUAUAUAUAUAUAUAUAUAUAUAUAUAUAUAUAUAUAUAUAUAUAUAUAUAUAUAUAUAUUUCAAUCCGGAGAACUUUAAUUAAUUAUAAUAUGCCUGGAUUACAAAUCUUUAAACUUAUAUAUAUAUAUAUUUUAAAAACUCAUUAAUAAUUCAGGAGGAAAACAAAAAGAAAAAUCAUAAGCGUGUCGUAUCUUUAUAUGUGAUAAAAAAAUCAUGUUAAUUUACAUAAACUUUAGCUUUGAUUUUCUCGGUUUAGACAAGGUUUAUUUUGAAAAUUACUUCGCUAAUGUACUCAUCAGAAGAUGGGUCGUUUUUUAAGCCAUUUAAAGCACUUGUAGUCGUGUUUUAUCAGAUAUAAAACGCUCGGCUGCACCUCGCGUUUUAUAUCUGAUAAAACACUCCUACGCGUGCUUUAAAUAGUUCAUAUAUAUAUAUAUAUAUAUAUAUAUAUAUAUAUAUAUAUAUAUAUAUAUAUAUAUAUAUAUAUAUAUAUAUAUAUAUAUAUAUAGGCCAAAAAUUUCCGAAUGACGAAAAAAAUUUCGGAAUAUAUCAUGGCAUACGAAGCCACGAAGGUGUUUGCUAUCCGGAAAAUUUCAAGGCCGUAGGAAGCUCUUUUUAUUGGGGAGCUGAGAACGAGGGCCGAAGGCCCGAGGAAAAUUUUAAAUUUAGAGUCUCUGAAAUGCCAUUUCCUGGACUUUGGGGGAAGUUUUGACAGAAUUCUGAUGGUCAGAAAACAGCCUUUCAGUUUGUUGAAAUUUACAAUUUGCUUACAAUUUAGUAGUACAUAUAAACACAUACACACUUUAUUUAGCGACGCUAGCACUGACAACUACAAAAGUUGAUUUCCAGGGGGGGCAUCCUUAUAAAAAUAUUACAAAGAAUACAAAAAGGAAGGAAACUACAGUAAGUCCAGUACAAUAUGUACAUUAUCAAAAGCUACGGUAGGGCCUAUAAACGACGAUGGUGUGUCCCAGAAUAAAUAUAUGAUUGAGAGACACGGUUAUUAACAUCAAAAAUUUGUUUUAUACAACUUUUAAAUAUAUAAAUUGAUUGAGCUUGCUUAGCUUCAAGCGGAAGGUUAUUCCGAAGAUAAGCAGCGCUAUAUUUAAAGCUUCUUUGGAGAAAUUCUCCGUUUGGCUCUGGAAGGGUCAGAUCAGUUUGAGAAUUUCUAAGAUUAUAAUUGUUUAGUAAAAUAUUUCUACUUAUGAAUGAAUCUUUCAGAAUUGGUGCGGCACUAGCUAUUACUCCAGACUUUAUAUAAGAAUGUUGCCUUGGUUAUGUACCAUCUUGUUUCCAAAUUUUCCCAGUCAAGAGUUCGAAGAACGUCAGCAGAUCAUAUCCCAUACCUGUGUUAAAAGCGGCUUUCUGAUUGGUUUAGAGCAGGUGAGCUUGUCGUCGAGCUCACCUGAUUUUUGCCGAACUCACCUGCUUUUCGUCCGAACUCAUCCGCUAAACUGCUUAGGUUGCAACUGGGUUGCAAUAACAAUAACAUAUAUGGCGGACAAGAUUUAGCCCAUAAACCUAAACUUUAAAGAGCUUGUUUCGGUGACUAACAUACUGAGACUGAAGAAAAACCAAAGAAAAAAUGCAGUAAAGGCAAUGUAGACGUAGAUAAUGAAGUAUUUUCUUGCCCAGUGAUUUUUUUGGCCGGGAAAAUGUUGACAAAACAUGGACGAAUAUAUCGCGAAGAGCUACAAAUGUGUGUAUGGCUCGGUGUAUGGGAUAAAAACCAAACGUACUUGCAGGUUCGGUGAGUCCGGGAUUGGACGCACCUCGGGUGGCUGGAAGUUUCCCGAACUCCCCUCGCUUCGCUCGGUAAGUUCGGGAAACUUCCAGCCACCCUCGGUGCGUCCAAUCCCGGACUCACCUCCCUGCAAGUACGUUUGUUAUAUUAUCCCAUACCUGUGUUAAAAGCGGCUUUCUGAUUGGUUUAGAGCAGGUGAGCUUGUCGUCGAGCUCACCUGCUUUUUUCCCGAACUCACCUGCUUUUCGCCGAACCACUCUGUGGCCGAACUUACCCGCGAAACGGCGAAACUGCUUAGGUUGCAAUAACAGUAACAAAUAUGGCGGACAAGAUUUAGCCGAUAAACCUAAACUUUAAAGAACUUUUUUCGGUGACUAACCUACUGAGACUGAAGACAAACCAAAGAAAAAAAUGCAAUAAAGGUAAUCUAGACGUAGAUAAAGAAGUAUUAAGAGCCCAGCGAAUUUGUUUGGCCGAGAAAAUGUUGACAAAACAUCGACGAAUAUAUCGCAAAGAACUACAAUGUGUAUGGCUCGGUGUAUGGGAUAAAAACCAAACGUACUUGCAGGUUCGGCGAGUCCGGGAUUGGACGCAGGUUCGGUGAGUCCGGGAUUGGAGGGCUGCAGGCGUCCAGCGCCCAGUUGCUAAGUUGCGAUUUAGAAGUAAUAAAUCGAAAUAUAUUUAGUAUUUACCGAUUUACGAUUUGUUACAUGUUAUCCAUGUAAAUGCCAUGAUUUCGUUAAUCAGUUUAUACUAAUAAUACAAUUAUAUUAUAUUUUAUUUUUGUAACAACUAAAAUUUUGCUAUGACUAUUAUUGCCGUAAUUUUCCGAAUGGCCAACCCGAUUUUCCGAAUACGUUAAUUCUGAAAAGGUUGGGAGGGUUAACCACCCCCAAUACCCCCCCUCGCUACGGCCCUGGGUGUCCCAGCUUCUUUAAUGCAAUUAUUGUAUGAUAUUUGGAAGCGAAGCACAAUAAAUAAAUAAAUAAAUAAAUAAAUAAAUAAGUAAAUAAAUAAAUAAAUUAGUAAAUAAAUAAAUAAAUAAAUAAAUAAAUAAAUACAUAAAUAAACAAAUAAAUAAAUAAAUAAAUAAAUAAUGUGUUUUGUGGAUAUUCUUAACAGUUGCUCGUCUCAAGUUGGAAAAAGUUAUCGAGAAGGAGCUCAAGAAGUAUCUCUAGGUCCGGGUUGCAACUAUGCUGGAACCGUGAUCCACGAGCUGAUGCAUGCGUUAGGAUUUUGGCACGAGCAAUCAAGACCUGAUAGAGACGAAUAUGUUGAAAUUUUCUGGGAAAAUAUAAAGAAAGGUAUAAGUGUAAUAGUAUUUGUGAACUCGGUAGAAUUGAAUUCAGGACCCAAAGCAUUACUAUGUUUAUGUUGUAUUUAAAAUAGUGAACCUAUUUGAUGUUAAUUUUGUCCUCAUUGUUAUCAGGUAAAGAUGGAAAUUUUAAGAAGUACAGCCAUGGCCUCGUAGAUAUCCUUGGGACAAAUUAUGAUUUCGAAAGUGUGAUGCACUAUAGGGGAAAAUCGUUUUCCAAAAAUGGUAGGUCAACUGUCAUUUUAUGCCUUUUCUCGCACAGUUAAUUUUUGAGAAUUAACUCACGUGGGGAUCUUUUGAAUCUGCAUUUAGAGUUAAAUCGUUCCAUAUAAUUUAGGAGUGCAAUUAAAUUCUGGAAUUUGGCUGCAUGCAUGGCCCUCAUUUAAAACAUUAAGUCAUGUUUUGACAAUAUUCAGGAAUAAGCGAUCAUGGAUCUGUCUGCAUGAAGAGUGAACUAAUAGCAUUUUGUGUCUAAAUUCUCUAAAAAACUUUUUCAAACAUGGGUGUAAAAUUAAUGUACGCUUCCGUGAAAAAUUACUUUGAUAUUUUAAGGGAAGGCUCUUCUACAGGUGUUUUGUUUGAAGGGAUGUCUUUGUUCGACAGGUCUACAUAAUAAUUUUGUUUGUGGAAACACCACGUAAAUUUAUUACUGCAAAGCUUUCGAUCCGUAAACCCGUAUCUUCAUCAGUGCUAAUAAUAUGUUAAUAGCACUGAUGAAGAUCCGGGCUUACGGAUCGAAAGCUUUACAGUAAUAAAUUUACGUGGUGUUUCCACAAACAAAAUUAUUAUAUUUUAUCACCAUGGAAAUAUACAAAGGUCUAUAUAAUGUUUAUGAUUAGUUUUCCACUCGUUUCGACAAAGGCAGAUAUCACGCUGGCUUCUUCAAACUGCAUGAAACAUAUAUUUUGAAAGAAUUUAGUAGCGAUAUAAGCAGGGUAGUUAAAAAGAAUAUUUUUAUACAACCAAUUCCUGAAUUACGUUACCAAGUUUUAGAGUAAAGUACAAAAUUUUAUCAAAUUCUUAUAUAGAAAUGAAUGACCAAAUUCUUAAUGUCGUUUAUUUUUUAGGUCAAGCCACCAUACGCGCUAUAAAAAACCCCGAACGUACACUGGGACAGAGACUGAAGUUAAGUGACGUUGAUGUCAUCAAAAUUGAUGCACUAUACGAUUGCAAAGGUAAGAUUAAUGAAAAAUUGAAUGAAUUCACCAACCGUUUCGCUAAGUCAUUCAGUAGAUAUUUUUUCGCAAUUUCGUAGAUGGCAAAACGAGUGUCCUAUAUUCACUAAAAUUUGUUUUGGGGAAAGCAAUUUAUAUAGUUAUAUCUUCAUGAUCGUAAAAACUUAAAGAUCAUUCUUCAUUAAUUAAAAUGUCUAUUUUUCGAACGAAUGAAAGCUUUGCCAGUAAGACAUAUUUGCACGUUCGGUGCUCAUUUUUAAAUGAAAUAAACACAAAUCCAGUUGAAUGAGAAUGGCAUUCAUGAAUUUGUCAUUCGGUCCACUGCCUUCAUCAUUCAUGAAUGGCCGAUCUAAAAACGAACAGUAGUCCCUUACAAUUCUAUACUCGAAACAUAACGUCGAGGGAUGAUAAAGACUGCUGUGCGACUUUAUAUCACCUUUAGUCGAGUUGCUAUAGACUGGAAUGACGAAACGUUGGGUUAAAUAUGCAAAUGCAUGACCGGGCUAUGCAAUUUAAAAUGCGACAAGAAAUAUAUGAAAAAAAGUCUCACGGCACUUCCAACUGAAAAGGAAAAAAUGUUCUUGAAUUGCUUCUGUCAUGCAUGCGAAAUGUUACGAAAUGUUCUAUGGGGCAAUAAUAUAUAUGGGCGGUGCGCUUAUUUUGAUAUUCUAAUAUUUUUAUAUAGAUUCUGGAUCUGGUGUUUGGAGUCUGUGGUCUGAGUUAAGUCCAUGUCUAUCUACAUGCUAUAAACACCGUCAGCGGUUCUGUUCAUCAUCAGACCGAGCUAAAGAUUGCCCAAGAGCUGAUAAAUUUGGAAUUCAGACGGAGUUUGUGAAAUGUUCUGAUAAAGAAUGUUAUGGUAAGAUUGAUGAAUAUUUGUUCUCUAUAAACAGAUGGAGUGUAGAAACUUUUUCUAACGUAGACUCUGAUGGACAAGCCGCAUUGAUACGUUAA